AUGUGGGAAGGAAGGGGAGGGCGAUGGGGGAAGGGGGGGAAGGGGAGGGGGUGGGGAGAGGGGUGGCAGGGCGAGGGCAUAACAGAGGGAGUGGGAGCAGAAGAAGAAUUAUUGAGCAUCAAGGCUGGAAAAGGCAAGAACGGGGUUGCUGAGGAGGAGGAUGGGGACUUUGCGGGGGGCUCUGGAGGUAGGGAGGGGGGUGUUGAAGGUAGGGAGGGGGGUGCUGGAGGUAGGGAGGGGGGUGAUGAAGGUAGGGAGGGGGGUGCUGAAGGUAGGGAAGGGGGUGAUGAAGGUAGGGCAGGGGGGGCUGGAGGCAGUGAGGGGGGCGCUGGAAUUUCAGAGGGCUCAGGAGGUAGGGAAGGGGGCGCUGGAGGUAGGGAGGCGGGCGCUGGAGGUAAGGAGGCGGGCGCUGGAGAUGGGGAGGGCGGUCCUGUAGUGUGGAUUGUGAGGGGUGGACAGGGAUGA